UUACCAGGUCACCACGCUUCUUUCCUUGUUUUGCCAUGUUGGCUUUUUUGUUCUUUAAUAAUUUGGUCUUGGCUCAUCCUUCAUUUCUACACAAUUACUAUCAUUUUAUUCCUUGCUUUCUUAAUUUGUCUCCUUUUACCUUCCCAAUCAUGCAGGGAUCUGUGAGCAAGAGGAGGCUCAGAAGUCAGGACAGGUAGGACGGGGAAGCAGCUGCCAUGGCUUCAGGAAUCCUGGUGAACAUACGGGAGGAGGUGACUUGUCCUAUCUGCCUGGAGCUCUUGACAAAACCUGUGAGCUUAAAUUGUGGCCACAGCUUCUGCCAAGCCUGCAUCACUGCAAACAACAAAAGAUCCAUCGUCAGUCAAGAAAGAGAGAGUAGAUGCCCUCUCUGCCAAUUCAGUUACCAGCCUGGGAACCUGCAGCUUAAUCGGUCCAUGGCCAACAUAGUGGAGAGGCUCAGAGAGGUCAAGUUGAGCCCAGAGGAGAAGCAGAAGGGAGCUAUCUGUGUGCGCCAUGAAGAGAAACUCCUCCUCUUCUGUAAGGAGGAUGAGAAUGUCAUUUGCUGGCUUUGCGAGAGGUCUCAGGAGCACCAUGGUCACCACACGUUCCUCAUGGAGGAGAUUGCCCAGGAGUACCAGGAGAAGCUCCAGGCAGCUCUGGAGAAACUGAAGGAAGCGCAGCGAGAAUCACAGAAGUUGGAAGCUGAUUUCAGAAAAGAGAGAACUUCCUGGAUGAAUCAAAUACAAAAUGAGAGACAAAGUGUCCAGGGACAAUUUAAUGUAAUGAGAGGUAUCCUGGACUGCGAGGAGCAGAAGGAGCUGCUGAAGCUAAAGAAUGAGGAGGAAGAUACUCUAUGUAACGUCAUGGAGGCUGAGAAUGAGCUGGUCCAGCAGAGUCAGUUGGUGAGAGCUCUCAUCUCAGAUGUGGAACAUCGGUUGCAGGGGUCAACAGUGGAGAUGCUGCAGGAUGUGAAUGAUAUCAUGAAAAGGACUGAGACCUUAACUCUGAAGAAGCCAAAAACUUUUCCCAAGGAACGAAGGAGUGUGUCCCGAGUUUCUGAACUGAGAGAGAUGCUGCAAGCAUUUAAAGAGCUGGCAGACGUUCGACGCUACUGGGUGGACGUGAUGCUGGAUCCAGUUAACUCUAUUUCAAAUAUUGUGGUAUCUCCGGAUAAAAGACAAGUGACAGUUUUGUGCCCUUUUAUGUUAAGGAAAAAAUAUCCAUGUGAUUUUUCUGCUUUUGAUGUCUUGGGCUGCGAAUUUUUCUCCAAAGGGAAACAUUACUGGGAAGUAGAUGUGUCUGGGAAGAUUGCCUGGAUCAUGGGUUUAUGUAGUAAAAUCAGAAAACUCGGUGGAAAUAAGAACUCUGUGGUUUGUUUUAACCCAAAUGUAAAUGAUCCUAAUGUUUACUCCAGAUUCAGACCUCUAUGUGGCUACUGGGUUAUAGGGUUAAAGAAUCAAUCUGAGUACAGUGCCUUUGAGGACUCUUCCACGUCUUGUCCCCAGAUCUUGAGUCUUUCCUUGGCUGUUCCUCCUCGUCGUGUUGGGGUUUUCCUAGACUGUGAAGCAGGCACUGUCUCAUUUUUCAAUGUCACAGACCAUGGGUCACUCCUUUACAAGUUCUCUAAUUGUAAUUUUUCUUGGAUUGUUUUUCCAUAUUUCAAUGCUUUGAACUGUUCAGGUCCCAUCAUCCUGUGUCCACCGAGCUCCUAA